UGCGACGCGACCAGCCGCCGCCUGCCAGCUUUGUUCUCGAUACCACCCUCAACUCCUCCGCGGCUGAGUGCCGCCGCACCGCAUCGGCACCAUGGGUCUCUGCAUGAGCACAAACAACGAGGAUGUCGAGCAGAAGAAGCGGAGCCAGGCCAUUGACCGGAAGCUGGAGGAGGAUUCCCGGCGACUACGACGCGAGUGCAAGAUCUUGCUGCUAGGAUCCGGAGAGAGCGGCAAGUCGACUAUUGUCAAGCAGAUGAAGAUUAUCCACCAGAAUGGCUACACCAUGGACGAGCUGGCCCAGUACCGCCUCACCAUAUACAAGAAUGUCAUAGACUGCGCCAAGUCUCUGAUAGGUGCCAUGCGACAAUUCGACGUCCAGGCCGAAGACCCUGCGACCGAGGACUACUGCAACUACCUGAUGGAAUAUGUGGUGGAUCCGGACCCCGAGAAGCCUUUAGAGUACAAGGUCGGCCAGGCCAUUACCUCUCUAUGGCGCGACCCUUGUGCGCAAAAGGUCCUCGAGCACUCCAGCGAAUUCUACCUGAUGGAUUCCGCACCAUACUUCUUCGACGAAGUAAACCGGAUAGCGUCGCCGGACUAUAUUCCGCAAGAAGCAGAUGUGCUAAGGGCGCGAACGAAAACGACCGGUAUAUACGAGACACGAUUCACCAUGGGCCAGUUAAGCAUACACAUGUUCGACGUUGGAGGCCAGCGUAGCGAGCGAAAGAAAUGGAUACAUUGCUUCGAGAACGUCACGUCAAUUAUCUUUUGCGUAGCGCUCAGCGAGUACGACCAGGUGCUGUUAGAAGAGAGCAGCCAGAAUCGGAUGAUGGAAAGUCUGGUCCUAUUUGACUCGGUCGUGAAUUCGAGAUGGUUCAUGCGGACAAGUAUAAUAUUGUUCCUCAACAAGGUCGAUCUUUUCAAGGCCAAGCUAGCACGGUCGCCUCUAGGCAACUACUUCCCAGACUAUUCAGGCGGCAACGACGUGAAUCGGGCAGCAAAAUACCUCCUGUGGAGGUUCAACCAGGUCAAUCGGGCGCACCUAAAUCUAUACCCUCAUCUUACUCAAGCCACCGAUACCUCAAACAUCAGACUCGUGUUCGCGGCUGUCAAGGAGACAAUUCUUCAAAAUGCGUUGAAAGACUCAGGCAUUCUAUGACCUCGGCCCUAUGUCACUUUCCUUUCGCAUGUCCUUUUUUCCACGAACCACCGCUCUGUGCAUACCCAUCCACGUGCACUCCCAUCGACACUCACCGAUUUCAUCAUUCCUACGACAA